GACAUCAGCGACAGAGAGUUGUUGGCCAUCAAGCUAGCCUUGGAGGUGUGGAGGCACUGGCUCGAGGGGUCGGACCUCCCCUUCCUAGUCUGGACCGACCAUAAGAACCUGGAGUACCUCAAGUCUGCCAGACGUCUUAAUUCCCAUCAAGCUCGUUGGUCUCUUCUUCUCCUGGUUCAACUUCACGCUCUCCUACCGCCCAGGCUCCAAGAAUGGGAAACCUGAUGCCCUGUCCAGGAUGUUCUCUUCCCACCAAGAGGAGUCCAAGCCACCCAAGACCAUCCUUCCUCCACGCUGCCUGGUGCUGCAGUGGGGUCAUGGCUCCAAGUUAGCUUGUCACCCGGGAGCUGCUCGAACCCUGGCGCUCGUCCAACAGCACUUCUGGUGGCCAUCCAUCAAGGAAGAUGUCCAGGAGUUCGUGGCAGCCUGCAACAUGUGCCCAGAACAAGACAGCCAAUUGACCCCCUGCCGGCUUGCUAAGACCCCUCCCAAUUCCUCAUUUACCCUGGUCUCACAUCGCCCUGGACUUCGUCACAGGACUUGCCAACUCAGGUGGCAACACAUGCAUCCUCAGUUAUUGACUGUUUCUCCAAGACAGUCUAUUUCAUCCCUCUGCCCAAGCUUCCCACAGCUAAAGAAAUCGCUGAAUUACUCAUCCUUCACAUUUUCCGCCUACACGGACUCCCCACUGACAUCGUCUCCGACUGGGGUCCUCAGUUCACUGUGCAGUUCUGGAGGGCCUUCUGCAAACUCAUUGGGGCCUCCUGUAGUCUCUCCUCAGGGUUCCACCCUCAAACCAACAGCCAGGCAGAAUGGGCAAACCAAGAUUUGGAGGUGGCACUCAGGUGCAUGGCGUCCAGGGAUGCCGGUUCUUGGAGUAAGUACUUACCUUGGGUCGAGUACACUCAUAACACUCUUCCUUCAUCUGCCACAGGUUUCUCACCCUUCCAGUGCUCCCUAGGUUACCAACCACCACUCUUCCCCAACCAAGAGGAGGAAGUCGCCGUACCCUCAGCCCAGAUCUUCAUACGCUGCUGCAGGAGGACGUGGGCAAUGGCCCGGAGAAGACUCAUUUGCUCCGCCCUAGCAUCCAAGAGGCAGGCUGACAAAUGCCGCUCUAAGGCGCCCACCUACCAGGUGGGGCAACGAGUCAUGCUCUCCACACACCACCUGCCACUCAGAACUGUCUCCCGCAAGCUGGCUCCCAGGUACCUAGGACCUUUCCUCAUCAGCAAGGUAAUCAAUCCAUGUUCUGUCAGACUGGCAUUACCACUCAUCAUGCGACGUAUUCACCCCACUUUCCACGUGUCACAGCUUAAACCUCUGGUUUCCAGUUCAAUUCCAGCUCACCUUCAACUCAUGUCCUGGUUUUCACCCCUGCCUAUAUAAAGGCCGUUCUCAGACCCUGACUUUGCCAGAACGUCUCGUUUUGCUAUAUCAGCCGUUUCUGUGCCUUUAUUGCAUUUCAUGGUUUUUGCUCAAGCUAUUUUUCUAGUUUAUGGUUUUUGCA